AUGACCAAGCCGACAAAGUGGAUCAGCGAGAAGGCGCGUUUCGGGCAUGGCACCGCCGAGGUCGUGCCCCCUUCCUCAUCGGCCUCGAGCAGCGACAUUGAGAAGGGCUCCGAGGGCGCGCUCGAGGACGCCGUGUUCGGCAACCUCGAGUCUGGCCCCAACUUCCGUGGCGUGUCCGCCCCCGGCGCCUUUGUGCUCAUGACCAAGGCGAACCUCGGUCUCGGUGUGCUCGCCAUUCCGACAGUCUUCAACCUCCUCGGCAUUGUCCCCGGUAUUCUCGUCAUUGUCGGAUGCGAGAUGCUCCUUUUCUGGUGCGCCCGUUUUGUGGGCCCCUUCAAGAUCCGCCACCCCGACGUGUACGGUGUCGCGGACGCGGCGUACGUCUUUGCCGGCCCCUGGGGCCGCUGGACGAUGUACGUCAUCUUCACUGUGUUCAUGAUCUUCUGCACUGCGUCGGCCAUUGUUGGUGUCUCGACUGCGCUCAACGCCAUGAGCUCGCACGGCGCGUGCACUGCCGUCUUCACCGCCGUCGCUGCCAUUGCCGGAUUCCUCCUCUCGUCCAUCCGCACGCUGUCCAAGGUGUCCUGGAUCGGCUGGGCCGGCAUCACCUCCAUCAUCGCCUCGGUCAUCAUCCUCACGAUCGGCGUUGGCGUGCAGGACCGCCCGUCUGAGGCCCCCCAGGCGCCCCUGCCCUGGGACAAGGGCUUCCAGGUCAUCGGCCACCCGACCUUUGUCGAGGCCAUGAGCGCGAUCAACAUCAUCCUCUUCUCCUCCUCCGCCACGCCCAUGUACUUUGGUGUCGUCAGCGAGAUGCGCGACCCGCGCAAGUACACGCGUGCCAUGGGCGCGUCGCUCACCUUCCUCACGGCUGUGUACCUCAUCAUCGGCAGUGUCGUCUACCACUACUGCGGGCAGUACGUUGCCUCCCCCGCCCUCGGAAGCGCCGGUAUCGUGCUCAAGAAGGUCUGCUACGGCAUCGCCUUCCCCGGCCUGCUCGCCUCGCUCACAAUCUUCAACCACAUCUCGGCCAAGAACAUCUUCGUCCGCGUCCUCCACGGCAGCAAGCACCUGAGCUCCAACAGCGUCACGCACUGGGCCGUCUGGCUCGGCUGCACCGCCGGCUCCGUCCUCCUCGCGUACAUCAUUGCGUCGGCGAUUCCCAUCUUUGGUUCUUUGAUUGGCUUCAUCGGCGCGCUCAUGUGUCCCGCCGUCGCCAUCAUCCCCGAGUGCCUCAUGUGGUUCUACGACAACUGGUGGUUCACCACCAAGGGCCUGACCGCCGGCAAGAUUGUCACGGGCGUCAUCAACAUUGUCGUCAUCCUCAUCGGGUGCUUCUUCACCGUCGGAGGCACGUAUGCCGCCGUCCUCGACCUCAUCGCCACCAGCGUUGACUCUGGUCCCUGGACUUGCGUCAACAACUCGGGCCGCCUGCACUAA